AUGAAUUUCCCUGUUGUGGAUAAUGACACGAAUGCAAACUAUGCUGGAAUUGCUGGAUAUGCUUUCUCUCUCAGCUUAAAGUCCGUACCCACGGAGGAAUUCCCGACUGAACUUCCUACCGCUCUUCCAUCUACUGAACUUCCUACUACCGAGGCUCCUACCACUGCUGCUCCCACUACUCUUCCUCCUACUGAGGCUCCUACUACUCUUCCUCCCACUGAGGCUCCUACGACUACUGCUCCUACGACUCUUCCUCCUACUGAGGCUCCUACCACUGCUGCUCCCACUACUGCUGCUCCUACCGAGGCGCCUACCACCCAGGCUCCUACGACUGCUGCUCCUACGACUCUUCCUCCUACUGAGGCUCCUACCACCCAGGCUCCCACCACUUUGCCUCCUACUGAGGCUCCCACGACUCCAUCUCCUGAAGACGGAAAAGUGACGAUUCGCCUUGAGCGUAUUUGCGGAACGGUUGCUCCUGAGGAGGAAUCCUUUGAAAUUUACGAAGGUGUCGAUAUUGAGAAUAGCACACCGCUUCCUGGUGGCCAGACGACUACUGAGGCUCCUACCACUCUGCCUCCUACUGAGGCUCCCACCACUCUGCCUCCUACUGAGGCUCCUACGACUCUUCCUCCUACUGAGGCUCCUACGACUCUUCCUCCUACUGAGGCUCCUACGACUCUGCCUCCUACUGAGGCUCCCACCACUCUGCCUCCUACUGAGGCUCCUACGACUCUUCCUCCUACUGAGGCUCCUACGACUCUGCCUCCUACCGAGGCUCCUACGACUCUUCCUCCUACUGAGGCUCCUACCACUUUGCCUCCUACUGAGGCUCCUACGACUCUUGCUCCUACCGAGGCUCCUACGACUCUUCCUCCCACUACUGCUGCUCCCACUACUUCUCCUAUUGAAUGUGACGAGAGACAGCUCGUGGUUACGGUUACUCGUACUUGUGGUCAGUUUGGAAAUGAAGAAGCGGUUAGCAUUUUUGAAGGAGAAAAUUUAUAUGGUAUUGCCGUUUAUCAGGAAACUGUUUGCACUGCUGGUACCUUCUAUUUCUGCAUGAAUGCUACUGUGCACACGAUGUUGUUAACGGAUAGUGGUGAAAAUGGUUGGGAUGCUGAAUCGUCUAUUACUUUGAAGAGUGGAGUUAUGUCUUUUUCUUACACUGUGAAAUUUGGAUCUGCUGCUGGUGCUACAUUCAAUCUGACUCCUACUGAGGCUCCUACCACUUUGCCUCCUACUGAGGCUCCCACGACUCUUCCUCCUACCACCCAGGCUCCCACAACCCAGGCUCCUACCCCCACUCCCACUCCCACUCCCACUCCCACUCCCACUCCCACUCCCACUCCUACUCCCAUAGCGUGGUUCCCCAUCUACGACCCCUUCAUCUUCGGCGAUAACAGCAACUACGCCACCCAGGAUACCUGCAAGGACGAAGUGAUUUCCGAUCUUGACGUCACUCGCUACUACUUAGCUGUCCGUGACGCCUAUCCUACCCUGGCUUUGAAGUACACGCGUGUCCUCGCUCUGUCGGGUAUGACCAGCGAAGCUCUGAACCUCUGGCACGAUUCUCUCAGUAAGCAGGAUCGCAAUCCGAGCCCUGUCGAUAUGUAUCUCUACUCGGACCUGCUCCGCCUGAACUUCCUGGACGCCUCCCUCGCGGAAAGCCUGAUCUCUCUGUCUCAGUACACCUACCCCUCUCGCAUCGUGUUCGGCAGAGGCACCUUCAAGCGCGAAGGACUCUACACGCUGCUCUCGUGGAUGUACAACAACCGGGAGAAGGGCUAUUUCGUGAACUUAGAGACGCUGCAAGUGAGCGAGCACCAGAUCGUCGAUUACGACGUGGAGCAGGCGGCUCUGAACCCGAACUAUUUGACGGAUCUUACCAACAACAUCAUCACGAUUAUUCAGAAUAUGUGCAAUGAUAAGGUCAACUUCCCUCACCUGAAAGAGCUGAACUUCAACCAGAACGGAUAUAACGACGAUUCCACCAACUUCGCUUCGCAGCUCCUCUCUGCAUACCAAGAAUCGACAGGAGUCACCAUUCUGGCGGAGCAGAAUGCCUACAUUACCUACCCUACUUUCUGUAUGAGUAAUCCUGAUAAUUCUCAGAGCGAGAAUGCUCAUUAUUACGAUGUUGAGGACCAGGCCGAUCUUGCUCAGUGCCGCUUCAAUUGGAACUGGGAGUAUGGAGGCAAUAUCAACAACAGCAAUGCUGGUCCUUACCCUAAUGAAAAUAGCCCGGAGUGCUGA